AAAUUAGUGUACAACAACAACAUCACGCACAACAUCCGUAAAGAUGCCUCUCUCUGGAGAUGUACCUCUAGAAGAUAUUGAAGAUAUAGUGACGGGGGAAACAGGGACAGAUAUUAGAGCAGGGAAUAAGAAACAUGUUGUACCUCGAGCUAGGAAACACAAGACUGAAGUGGCAACAGAAAAAGUUAAUGCUGAUAGUAUCAUACCAGGAACACAGAAAGUUUAUGUAAAAACAUGGGGCUGCUCACAUAAUAAUUCUGAUUCUGAAUAUAUGGCUGGUCAGCUCGCAGCAUAUGGAUACAAAAUUGUUGAUGAGAAGAAGAAUGCAGACCUGUGGUUGUUGAACAGUUGUACUGUGAAAAGUCCAGCGGAGGACCACUUUAGAAAUGAGAUAAAUUUGGCUAAACAACUGGAGAAAUAUAUUGUGAUAGCAGGAUGUGUACCACAAGGUCAACCAAAAGGAGACUAUAUGCAGGGAUUGAGUGUAGUAGGUGUACAGCAGAUAGACCGGGUAGUUGAAGUUGUUGAAGAAACUUUAAAAGGACACAAUGUUAGAAUGUUGGGCCAGAAAAAGGCAUCUGGGAAGAAAGUAGGAGGAGCAUCCCUAAAUCUACCGAAGAUUAGGAAAAAUCCACUCAUAGAAAUAAUUGCAAUUAACACAGGAUGUUUGAAUCAGUGUACAUACUGCAAAACUAAACAUGCUCGUGGUGAAUUAGGCAGCUACCCUCCAGAAGAAAUUGUGGCACGUGCAAAACAAUCCUUUGAAGAGGGUGUUGUAGAGAUUUGGUUGACCUCUGAGGACCUUGGGGCCUACGGUCAUGACAUUGGGGUGACAUUACCUCAAUUGCUAUGGCAACUGGUUGAGGUAAUCCCUGAAGGAGCAAGAAUGAGGCUUGGCAUGACUAACCCUCCUUACAUAUUAGAACAUCUUCCGGAAAUAGCUAAAAUUUUGCAGCACCCACGAGUUUACUCAUUUCUACAUGUACCUGUGCAAUCAGCCUCUGAUAGUGUACUUAUGGACAUGAAGAGAGAAUAUUGCCAGGCUGACUUCAGACAUGUGGCAGACUUUCUCAAACAACAAGUCCCGGAUGUAACCAUAGCAACAGAUUUGAUAUGUGGAUUUCCGACAGAGACAGAGGAUGAUUUUGAGGAAACUAUGCAGCUUGUUAGAGAUUACAAAUUCCCAAGUUUAUUUAUCAAUCAGUUUUUCCCACGUCCUGGAACACCGGCAGCAAACAUGCCUCGGAUACCUCCACCAGACGUUAAGAAGAGAACUAAGAGAGUGUCAGAAUUAUUCCAGUCAUAUCAUCCCUAUACCCACAAGCUUGGUGAAAUACAAGAAGUGCUAGUCACGGAAAUCUCACAUGAUAAACAGUAUUACGUAGGCCAUAACAAGUCUUAUGAUCAGGUGCUGGUACCCCAAGAUGAGAACUUGAUGGGAAAGAUGGUUAGUGUAGAGAUUACUGAGACCGGGAAACAUUUCAUGAAGUGUCGACUAGUGAAGGAUGGAGAGGUCAGGAGACCUGUAUCAGUACCCCCACCAUUACCUAAAGGUCAAGUUUCAGGAUUUAAACAGACGGAUGUUGUUAUCACAAGUAAAGGAAUCUGGUUUCUUCGCUGUUUCUAUGGUAGUUAUGCUUAUAGCAGUGGUUUGGCGAGUAUAUGGACUAGUUCAACAGUUUAUAACGUGAAUACUAUAAUGUACUUGUUGAUGACUUAAAACAAUACUGUGUAGAAGUGAUACCUUACUCUUUCAUGUUGAAGGAGAAGGUAAUUGGCAUAGGAAGCUGAAACUUUUACACAUCUUAGUAUCAGGAAAUGAAUAUGCAGUCAUUUAUAGCUGGAGUAUUCAGUAAAUAAAAAGUGCUAUUUUAUUUGCCCCAACAUCCUGCACUAUAUUUUCAUUGAAAAUGUGAGUUGCAGCAAGAACUAUCGAAGCGUAGACUGCAUUCAAACUUCACAAGUGUAUUUCCAAUUAUCAAAUCUACAGACAGAUUGUCCCAUAACUAACAUAAAUUAGUUUAAAUCAU